AUGGCUGACUGUAAGCCUGCAUUGACUCCAUUUCCGUCAGGAGCCAAACUUGAUGCUUCUUGUUCUUCACCCUUGGCGGAUGCUACCUUGUAUCGUCAAUUAGUUGGAAGUAUCAUAUAUUUGACUCACACAAGGCCUGAUACUUCAUAUGUAGUGGGCUUGGUCUCUAGGUUCAUGCAGGGGCCACAUGAGCUGCAUUGGAAAGCAGCUAAGCGGAUUCUUCACUAUGUACAGGGUACUCACAGUUAUGGAAUUCAUUAUACAGCGGGCAUGGAUAUUGACUUGAACAUUGUCACUGAGUUUGGCAUUUCAUUUCGAAAGCCUACAGUCAUCUUUUGUGAAAACAAGCAUGUUAUUCAGAUUUCUCGCAAUAUGGUCCAUCAUCAAUGGACCAAACACAUUGAGAUUAACAUGCACUACAUUCGGGAGCUAAUUCAUGAGCAGGUUCUUGAUCUUCAGUACUGUCUGACAUCAGAUCAAAUUGCAGGCAUGCAUCUUUCAAAGAAUAAACGGAAGGGUGAAUUACCUUUUAUAUCUGGGCUAUUCAACCUGCAAUACUUAAGUGAACGGGAAACAAGCUCCACUGGUAGUGCUCCAUUUAUGUGA